UUUGCCUCCAUUAGCUUUUAUCGCCGUAAUAUGUGGGAUUUCUCUGGUUUAUAGUAAGUGUCACAUAAGUUCGCGUUGCUCGUUAGGCUAAACUACUCCGUUUACCUGCCAGACCCGGAAGCGUGUCAAGGACUUUAGAGGCUAACCGGAGCUAUCCGGUGUUCGGUAGGGGCUCUAACGGACACAGCUCGUUUGAGAUUGUGGUUUUUCAAUCAUGUAUUUAGAUACAUACGCCUGAAUCGUGCUUUUUCUCCAUACUAUCUAUCCAAAGAAGCUUUAAUGAGCAAAGUACGCUUUUGGUCAACUCUCUUGUAAACAUGGGCCACCACUUCGGAGACUUGGCCAGGAUCAGGCAUAUCAUUACAUAUAGUCUGUCCCCCUUUGAGCAGAGGGCCUUCGCCAACUACUUCUCCAAGGGAAUCCCCAAUGUGUGGAGAAGGGUCACAGCCUCUUUCUUCAAAGUUGCCCCCCCAAUGACCCUCAUGUACCUGACAUACACCUGGGGCAACAGUUCCCACAAGCAGAGCAAGAAGAAGAAUCCAGCUGACUAUGAGAAUGAUGAAUGAACUCCUGCCACCUUUAUGAAAGCUACCCUCUGUUAUUAAUUCACCAAUAAAGAAGACAAAUAUUUAUGUGAAA